CUUUUUUCUGCUAUCUGAGCUGAGGUAGGAAGUACCUUACCUUACUUUGUGCUUGACCGGGCUAGAGCUCUCCCCGUAACGCGUGUCUCGUACUCCGUACCUCUCUCUCUCUCUCUCACACUCCAUAUCUCUCCAAUGCUACCUAAGUAAUUAGGUAUUGUUCCUCCUCGUUCUGAGUACCUGCCUUACUGAUGCCUCUCGUUGCCUCUCACCCACUCAGUCCAAGCAGGUGCCAGUUGCGUCUUUUUACGGACAUGGCGGGGCAUCCAGCGGGAAGGCGCUGCUACCGCUUGUGGCGUUAGUAUGAUACCCUCCGGGUACUUGAUGGUUUUCUGGACCAAUUGCUAUGAUGGGAUUGGAACACAAUCAUGGUGGGAUGCGAUGCGUUGUUUCCGGUCCGUAUUGCGGCUUGCCAUCCCAUGAAAGACAGACCCCAAGCUCGGAUGGGAUGCAGACGCAGGCUGCAUUGUUUGACGGGUCUGUCGUGGCGUUCGAUAUCCCCCCCUUCCUUCUCACUGCUUUUUUGACACCUCAACUUUGUCUGUGCUUCAGCCCUCAUCUUGCAUCUUGCCCAUAUCUCGGGCAUCUCAUGAUGAACUACUCAUCAGUAACUUGUUUUCUCUCCAUUCCAGCAACACUCUCAGCUCAUUCAUAUCCAUUUCUUCAGCGGGUCUUGGCUGGUGGUGUCACUUUCACCAGACAGACCGGACCGAUCAACGACUCAAGCAAGAGCAGGCAUUAUCAAGGGUCAGGAAUUGUCAGGUAUGGAGGGGCAUGGAGGGGCAGCUUGUUCCCUUGGUUUCCAGCGAGAAAAAAAAAAGUCAGCUACGGCACCUUAUCCCUGGCCCCUGCUCCUCAGUGCUGGCCUGCCCCUCGUUACAUCACUCUCGCAGCUACCCCCCGGUCAAGCAGCAGCAUCAGGUCCGAUACCCCCGUCGACUCACCUUUGCCUCCCAUUGCACGCUUUGCACGCUUUGCUCGCUCUCACACCUCUCACACACUGCCACUGCCACCUCCAUGCAACAUCUGCCCGUGGCACCGUGGUCCACGCCAAAUUCUCGGGCGUCUUUUUUUAAUGUGAUCUUCUCACCGUUCCAGUUUAUUUUGGUGGAUUCUCGUUAUUAUUAAACAUCCUCAACUGGAUCCAAGACGCGACAUGCCACAAGGUUCAAACAGCUCAUUCGCACACCUCACCAUUCAUCCCGCGCCAAAGCUCCCAUGGCCCCCCCUCCUCCGCCUCCCAUUCCCCCUAGUCCUACACGACC